AUUCAAAACUCAAAUUGGUGAUCUCUCCAAUUUAGAAAACGUUAAAACCAACAGAAACCAAAACAAAUAUUUUUAGAACCAAACAAAAAAAAACACAUUGAGUAGCAUCAUCCCAUGUUCUUGGAACAGCCAAAUAACAUUUUUAUUCUUGAAUAUAACUCGUCUCCCGACAACAAACUCAUAAAAACAAAAGAGGUUUAAGUAGGUGGACAAAAGAAGAUGGGAGCAUAUAGAGCAGAAGACGAUUACGACUACCUCUUCAAGGUGGUCUUAACCGGAGACUCCGGGGUCGGAAAAUCAAACCUGUUAUCUCGUUUCACCAGAAAUGACUUCAGCCACGACUCACGUGCAACCAUCGGUGUGGAGUUCGCCACACGUAGCAUAAAAUGCGAUGACAAGAUCGUCAAAGCUCAAAUCUGGGACACAGCCGGCCAAGAAAGGUACCGAGCCAUCACGAGCGCUUACUACCGAGGAGCCGUCGGUGCGUUACUAGUUUACGACGUGACGCGUCACGUAACGUUCGAGAACGUUGAGAGGUGGCUAAAGGAGCUAAGGGACCACACAGACGCAAACAUUGUGAUAAUGCUCGUUGGCAACAAAGCUGAUCUUCGUCAUCUUAGAGCUAUCUCAACGGAAGACGCAAAGGCCUUUGCGGAGAGGGAGAACACUUUUUUCAUGGAGACGUCUGCACUUGAAGCUCUGAACGUUGAGAAUGCUUUCACCGAAGUUUUGACUCAGAUUUACAGAGUUGUUAGCAAGAAGGCUCUUGAAGCUGGAGAUGAUCCAACCACGGCUUUGCCUAAAGGACAGACGAUUAAUGUCGGAGGCAGAGAUGAUAUCUCAGCUGUUAAAAAACCUGGUUGCUGCUCUGCUUAGACACACACACUUGUCUCUCUCUCUGUCUUUCUUGUAUUUUCAUUUUAACUAAUUAUCAUGCAAAUUUGUAUACAUUCUUGUAAUUAUCAGAGAAACAAAGUUCAUACUCAGUGAGGACGUGAUAGACUAGGCCUAGGCCAGUUGGGUUCGGUUUGGUUUGAUUCAGAUUUUUGAAUUUUUGGUAUAAUGUUUAUAGGUUCCAUUCGGGUUUUACUAAUUAUUGGUUCGAGUUUGAUUCGGUUCCUUCCAGAUUUGGUUCGGAUCGAUUAGAACCAAUGUCUGAAAUAACCUUAAAACAUUUUUCAAAAACUAAAAAAAUUGACAAACAAAUACUCAAAAUAUAUUAAUUAUUCACAAACCUAAUUAAAAAUUAGCUAAACUAUCUAAACUAAUUAAAAAUAGUCAAAAUAACAAAUAAAACAAACUACAAAAAUCUUUUAAAAUAUUCUAAAACAUCCAAACUACCUUAAUAUAUAUAUAAACAUUAACAUAUAUAACUAAUUUCAGAUAUUUGCGAUUUGGCUCUGGUUAUAUCCAAACCGUAAAGUACCAAAUUCUUAAAUUUGGUUUUGGUUAUACCCAAACUCUAAAGUACUCUACGGUACCAAGCUCUGAAGUUUUGUUUUUGUAAAACGGUUAAGAUCAAGUUUUGUUUUUGUAAAACGGUUAAGAUCGAUUUUUUAUUUUUUUUUUGUUCGGAUUAAGGCAAGGGAGUUCGGUCUGUGGGUAGUGCUGGGUUUGCGGGUCAACCCGCCCCGACCCGCUGCGGGUUGAAUCAUUUUUUUGAUUCAAAAAAUCGACCCGCAUAACUCACAAACAAAAAAAUUUCUAUCCGCACCCGCCCCGCAAAAACCCGCGGGUAACCCGCUUAACCCGCGGGUAAUAUUAAUUAUAUUAAAAAUAAUUAUUUUAAUUAAAAAUAAUUAUUAUAUAGUUAAAAAAUAUUAUUUUUAAAAAAUUAUAUUAAAAUAAUAUAUUAAUAAUUAAAAUUAUAUAAAUAUUUACGAGAUUUAAUAUAUUUUUUAUAAAAAAACAUUUUUUAAAAAAAAAAA